AUGUUAGUAGUACAUAUUGUUGAAAAGUCAGCAUUUGUAAAUAUUGUAAAUUCGGUUGGAAAUCCUGGGUCUGCAUUGGAUAUAUCUUCAAAUGUUAUGGGUGAAGUUGUGGUUUUCAAAGAGAAGGGAAAAGGUUUCUAUGAUUUUGUUUUCUCAUCUGUUAAGGAUGUUCAACGUGUUCGUGUGGAAUAUUGGAGUCUUAAUAUUAUCUUUGCAAAUGCUAGUUGUCUCGGAACACCAAUGUGUUUGGAUGCUGCAACAAUGGAUAAAGAAAAAAGGGUAACUAAUGAGAAGCAUAAAUGCAUGGGGAAUAAGCCUGUGCCUGUUCAGAAGGCGGAUUUAAGAAAGGAAUUAGUUGAAAGUGUAAAUGCUACUAAAACAUUUGUUGAUAAUAAUCCUCUUUUAGGAUUUGUUGAUUGUUUGAAAACCACUGUUGAUGGGAAAGUUGUGAGUAUUGAAGCAUUGCAUCAAGGAGACUUGGGUGCCCAAGGUAAUGAGAGUUUGUGUAGUUUAGCUGAUAUAGAAAUCACUGAUCAAGGUAAAAUUGACAAGAAUUAUGAGGUAGAUUCAGAUUCAGUUGACACUUUCUUCCAAGAGGAUCAUCAAGAGGAAGUAAUUGUAUAUUCACUUCUUUUGGGAGAUGGCUCUAUUGUGGUGGUAGACUCUAACUUGUCAAAUUUUAGUGCCUCUGUUAUUCAUGAUAUGCAAGUUUUAGAGAUUGUUCCUAUAGAGGUCUAA